AUGCCCAUCGGACCACAGCUCCCACCACACCUUUCAGGUGGCCGCGCUGCUACCCCGUCAGACGAGGAGGAGGACGACUUUGGCCCCGCCCUCCCGCCCCACCUCGCUGCCAAGCGCAAGGAGCAGCCCAAGACGCGCGACAUUGGUCCCCAGCGGCCGCCUACGGCUGGCGACGACGAGCGCUCUGCUGGGCCUUCGAUGGGCCCUUCGAUCGGUCCUUCCAUUGGCCCCACCGUUGGACCCUCUCGCCCAUCUGCCUUCGAUCCCAUCAUCCCCGCUCGCGCCCCGGCACCCCGCCCCGCCCCGCCGCCAGCCGACGACGACGACAGCGACGACGACUUUGUCGGCCCGCGUCUUGGCGACAUGGCCGCCGCACCCAAACUCUCUGCUGCGGAAGAGUUCAAGGCGCGCGAGGCGAGGUGGGCCGCCGAGCGCGCCGAGGCCAGCACGAAGAAGGGCCCGACAAAGCGCGACGACUGGAUGCUGGUCCCGCCCACGAGCGGUAGCCUGAGCCACAUCGACCCGCUCAAGCGGCCUACGAGCUUCCAGAAGAGUUCGCGAGCCGCGGUCACGGCCGACGAGCAGCGGGGGUGGACAGAGAGUCCUGCCGAAAAGGCGCAGAGGAUGGCAGACGAGGUGGCGGGCAUCAAGCGUCGUCCAGAGCGCGGAGAGGAGGACGACGAGCUGGAGCGCAAGCGGCGCAAGCAGCGCGACCGCGAUAUCCGCGACGGCGUCGAGAGGCACACGAAAAACAGCCGUGGAGAGUCUCUGCUCGACCAGCACUCGGCCAAAAAGGCCGCCGAGGAAGAAGAGGAGCCUGCGUUCUGGGACCACUCACAACACAUGGGCAUCACGGGCCGUCUGCUCACCGACCAAGAGCGCGAGAAGAAGAUCAAGGACGCGCGUGGCCUCAACGACCGUUUCGGACACGGCAAGGGCGGCGCGUACGCCAUGUAA